CAACCAUUCUCCGCAUCCCUAACUACUUCUCAUAGCCUCACAAGACUUCAUUCGACUUUUUCAGCUUCUGGAGAGAUUGACUCUACUGUCACUUUCUUCGUACACUUAGAGCGAACUCGGGUAGGGAAUCCGCCCCAUCACAUCACCUCACUGACUGAUGGCAGCCAGAAUUAAAAAAACAAACGAGCAAGCUCCCUUCUUUCCUCCUCGCGGGGACUUAACCUCUGCUUCCGCCGAACACGCUCAAAGAAGCAUGAGGGAUUCAACCAAGGCGGACUCGCAGUUUCAGCACAUUCAGUCCUACCAAUUUCAUCAGGAUAACUGCCCCAGCCCUUCAGAAAAAAGGCAAUGCUGACACAAUCACAUGUGAGUGAUGUUCUACUGUUCUUACACCAGAGACUUUAGAGCGCCUAGACCAUAUGUAGGGACAUGGCCACGAUUCGAUUGGUACCAAGAAGUAUUCCACUUGAUGUCGUGGGUAUGUUUGCUCUGCAAGCCCAAACAGGAGUUCUAUAUCGAUUUACAGCGCCUACUCGCUCAUAUGAACGAUGAGCACUCACAGAGUAGUGUACAAAAGAAGACCGUGAAAUUAUUUCCCAGCACAGCACGAUAAGAGAUCCAACACCAAAUAAAUGCCGCCUAUGUCUCUAUGAAAUUUGGAAAACUGCUCCAUCUAGACAUCUAUAUGCCAGGAAGCAUCGGAAGCAGCUGUUGCGAGAGAUGGAAGGGCAAGAGUGUCAGAGUUGAUUUGGAGAUUAGCCACCUCAAACCCCGCACCUCCAUCAAUGAACAUUCACUCGACUUUGGUGGAACGGCUGAAAGUUUUGGCAGCGUCGAAGACCCACCACCAGGACCUAAGGCUUCUAAAACUAUGGCACUACACGUCGCGGGUCAUUUGCAAAUGUUAAUGUUAUUGACCAUCCGCCUAGCAUAAAUUACAGAAUGAUCAAGAGACCCUAAUUGAAGAUAUCAAGAGCGAUAGCAUCAAUGUUGAUAUUGACAACAACACCUGUCAUGAACAAGAUAUUGCCUUGUUCUCGGACACCGACGUAUCAAAAAAGACAGAGGAACAACCAUUGGACGAAGCACGUGCUAGUAACUUAUAGACGUUGACAAGAAUUCGCAAAUCCCAGUUCCAGAUACCGAGGAGUUGAAUGAUUGGAGCCAUAUCCCCCGCAGUGAUUUUCCCCCUGAGAACGACAAGUUUCUACAGGAAGUGGCAAAGGCGGGGGCAUAAUCAAUCAACAACCAUCAAGUAAGGUUUACUACUUCAUUAGGGAGGGAUCUUGGUUUCCUUCCAAGGCUUAGAACUGAUGAGAACAUCUGCAUGCUAAAGGCAUGGCAUUGCCCUAUGGAGGUGUUUGGCUUUGAGUCCUGACUUACUACAAAUGACAAUCUAAUGACUGGGAAGUCCGCAACAGCCCCUCAAAGUCUGUAUAUGACACGGUCGAAACAACAACCAAAUGAACGUCAGUACGGAGACGUGGAACAAAUGGCUUUGCAUAUAUUCUAGACGAGGAUCACGGAAGUGUCAAAACCCCAGAGCUCGAACACUUCCGACCUCUAAACGAGCCCCAAGCUUUUCGGGGACCUGUAAAAUGGCUUGUAACCAGGUUCAACAUAAGUAUUAUUGUUUCCAUGCUCACGUUCAUUUGUGUCUCUACACUUUACAGCUGCACUUGCAUGUUCCGUAAGGGACCUGCAUGGAAACGGUAUACCUUUAUUCAACUUCUACUGCUUGGCUUUUUUAUCGAUGUGAUGUUGGCUUCUUGCGACAUCUCCAAGGCUUCAAUGAAGAGUUCUACUACCUCUAGCAGAUUUUCUCAAGCGUUGGUCCUUCCUUGUUCCUCAAAUGACUUCUAUAGAAAACCGUGCUUUGCAUAGUGCCACGCAUUUCACAUGUUGAUGUUGGAAACGAUUUUUUGAGAAAGGAUAAGUGAAAUAACUUUGAUAGCCAGG